UCCCAGUGUACUACCGCACAGGAAGUGCUUUGAACAAGAAAAGCGCGCCGGGGUGGAUCUGUGAUCUGCAUCCAUCUACAGUCUGAGCUCUUCUCCUUCUUGCACUAUACCUCUGAACACUCAUACGACCUCCAUCUCUCCGUCUCCCACAUGAGCGCAGCGUUCUAUUCCCGCUGGGCCGAGCGCCAUGCCUGACCGGGAUAGCGCCUACCUGGCAGGUGGUGGCGGGACGGGGGUGGGCACUGGGGUCGGGGACGAGGGAGGGUCUGGGACGGGUGGCGAGGGGAGAGCGACAGGAGUUGGUGGUUCAGUGGGGGGUAACGGCGGACCAGGGGCCAUGGGAGGCGGCGGGGCGUUAGGAAACGGUGCAUUUGGUUCUGAUUUGGGACUGGAUGGCGUUUGCCGGGAUUUUUUGCGUAACGUGUGCAAGCGCGGCAAACGCUGCCGCUUCCGGCAUCCGGACUUCAACGAGGUUCCCGAUUUGGGCGUGCAGAAGAACGAGUUCAUCUUCUGCCACGACCAUCAGAACAAAGAGUGCGUGCGCACCAACUGCAGAUUCGUGCAUGGCUCGAAGGAAGACGAGGACUAUUAUAAGAAAACUGGGGAGCUUCCGCUUCGGCUCAGGGGGAAGGUGGCGGCCGGGUUGGGAUUGUCUCCGACCGACCUCCCGUUGAGCCGCGGAGAGGUGCCUAUUUGCAGGGACUACCUGAAAGGAGAGUGCCAACGAGGCAAUAAGUGCAAGUUCCGGCACGUCAGGAAGGAUUAUGAGUAUGAAGCCCCGUCCCGGGGUGGAGUCGGGUGUAUGAUGGGUGUCACUGGUGGCGUCAGUGGGAUGGUGACCGCCAGCGGCGGUGGAGCAGGAGGUGUUGCCGGUGCCUGCGGCGGGAUGUCUGGCCUCGUUGGCGGCGGUGUUGGUAACUACAUGGGAAUGGGAUGUCCCAACAUGGGCGGCUGCAGAGAGCAGGGCAUGUCUGGUGCAGGUGGGGGCUCAUUGAGCAGCUGCAUGUCGAUGGCAACGCCGGGUCAUCGGCGCUAUGACAGGGGCCCUUGCUCCGUCUAUGACCCUCUGUUUGAGAACGGUAUGUUUGAAGCGGGGCCGGUGGAGGUGCCUGUCGACCACACGGCCUUUCAGCUGAAGAGACGGCGUUUGGAGGGGCUGCGGUUGACUGAUGGGACCCCUGGUGGACAUUAUGACCUGGGGCUUCAGACCACCCUGUCGACCCGACCGUUAGAGUACCGCUUACUAGAAGAGGAGAACUCCCUACUCAGGAAGAGAGUGGAGGAGCUUAAGAAACAGGUGUCCAAUCUCAUAGCCACCAACGAGGUGCUUCUGGAGCAGAACGCCCGGUUCCGAAGCCAGGCUAAAGUGAUGACGCUGUCCUCCACCCCUGCUCCGUCUGAGCAGAGUCUGGUGCCCCCUGUUGGUUCUGUCAGCUCCUACAACCAUGGCAUUGCCCAGACACACACCACUCUGAGCAGCGCUGGUCUGCAGCCCCGUCCCGUCACGCAGCAGGAUCUGGUGGCCCCGUCUGGAGCCCCGACCGCCCCUCCAGCCAAUACAGCGCCCCCUACAGCACCCCCUCCGCAUCUGAACCCCGACCCCAUCUCUGCCGCCCUCGCUCAGACUAUCGCCCAGGGAAUGGCUCCACCUGUUUCCAUGGCCCCUGUUGCGGUUUCGGUAGCACCGGUCGCUGUGUCGAUGGCACAACCGCUGCCGGGCAUCACGAUGAGCCACGCGACCACACCGAUGGUGUCGUAUCCCAUCGCCAGUCAGAGUAUGAGGAUCACAACCUUGCCUCAUUAGUAUGAACAGAUGUUUUCAUGUUUCUCCUAACACCCUUUUGUUUAACUUACUAAUAACACGGUAAGUUUCUCAGGUGAAGGGUCUGUUUUGACUGAAGGAACUUACAGAUUUCUGUAGAGACAAAAUACAGAUCUUCGCUUAUGAAUAUAUGAAACAUAUUUCAGUUUUCUUGCCACACUUUAGCGGAUGACUGCCUUUAAGAGAGCCGAAAGAAAGACUGGGGACAUUUAUUAACUCAUUUUGAAAGAUGUAACUAUUCAGCUAAUCACUACAGGAUUGUGAAUUGACUUGUAAGCUGUCAGUUUAAGUUUGUUUUGUGAAUUGCUUUCGUGUGAACUGAUUAUCGGUCUUUUGCACAAAAUUAAUGAAACCGACCCAUUAAGCACCAUUAUUGAUUCUUGUUUUGGUUUUUCACACAACAAAUCAUAUGUGGGCAUAAAAAUGUUUUCUUUCUUUCUUUUGGAAACUAAAUAACUGAAUUUUUCUGUCUAAAUAUUGGCCAUGUUUCGUUCAUCUUUGGUAUCUUUCUGAAAUGUUAAUGAAAAAUUAUAUUUCUCAAACCAAACUUAUUUUAAGAGUUUGAUCACUUUCUCGUGUUCUGUUGAGCAUAAUGUCCGUUGUUUGCACUCUCAGGCAUAUUCAUUUAUGAUCAGAUCACCACAGACAGAUAUGGGAGUAACUAGAUCACUGUUUCACUUCUUAUGUUUAAAAAUAUUUUCCUUGUGCCAAAUUAAAACAGAGUAGCCAGUUUUAUGUAAAAGUUAGAUAGGAAAUUCACAGCAUUUUAUAAUGUUUUCUAUCUGGAAACCUCUGGAAAUCAUUUUAUUGCUCAUAAUCAGUUUUCAUAAGUGGACUGUCAUAUUUUAGUGUUUGCUUGUGAUGUUUUUAAGCUAAUAUAUAUAUAGUUUGGGAAACUUUGGGGUCUCUCUGAUUAAAGGUGGAGUGAUUAACUAUUAGGGUUAUCAUGCAAAAAGUACCAGCAUGAAAAGUGUAUUUAAUUUGACCAGUUCUCAAGCUCCUUUCUUUCUUUAAUCUGAUAAUCCACCAGCAUUAGGCCUGCAGCACACAAGCACAUCUGGAUGCUCUGGAACAGACAAACUGGAUAGUGUCUAUAUUGGCAGCCAUUAUGUGAAACCUAAUGUGAAUGACUUGUCCAUAAAUACAGAUUUCCAACAGCUGGUA